CGAAAGGGUUGGUUCGAGAAGCGCGAGCGGAGGUUAGUGGCAAGCAGCAACUCUUGGACGGUCCUGAUGCAGCCAUUCGCACUAGUUCAUACGGAUUUCACUGCUGACGUUCAGCUGAGCCUCGCUCCACAUCGUCCAUUGAAAACCUUUGCCAUCAAAUUUGCACCGGGCGAUUUAAUUCAUGACAAUGUUCGUAACUUCAUGAAGAAACACAGCAUUCCUGCAUAUCUAGAGCUCAGCAUCCUCUCCACCAUCGGGACAUUGUAUGAAAGGAGCAUACAGAAGCGCAGAGAAGAUUGCCUUGGGAAUGAUUCCGACCUUGAUUUACAAGCUAUGAAGGAAGGUCGCCGAGCGUUUAUAAGCUGCUAUGAGGACCACACUCAAGAGUUUCACAACAGCAGUGCACAGGAUACUUUUGCUACAGCCUAUUAUACUCUGGUACAUUCUCCUAUACCCUCCAUCUUCGAUACCAUCCUUGAAUUGGAACAGAAUUACGCAUUAUCUAUAACUCAAUUGAUACAAGCCCGAGAUAAUGAAAUUAAAAACAUAAAGGACAGACAUGAGAGAGAGGUUGGAGAUUCGAUCAGCGCUCGACCUACUUAUCUCAUAACCCAGCAGGUGGAGGAAUUGGAAGUGUGUCAGGCAACCUGGGCGUCAGAUAUUCAUGAGACACAGAUCACCCAAAAACGAGAAUAUCGUGAUUUUAUAAUCCAAUUGUAUCAAGAAUACCAAGCUCGAGUGGCUCAGUCUCAACAAGGAAAUCUCCCAAAUGGCGUAAAUCAUUCCAAACCUUCGGAUAUUAUUGAUGGCAAAGAAAUUGUUUCAGCUACCAUCAAUAGAAUGAAAACCAACACAAAGCCAAAUGUCAGUUCAGAAUCAGAAGAGCAACAUCAAGGCGACACCGACUCCCAAGAUCAAGCAACCGAAGGAUCUAGUUUAUCUCGUAGCAGAAGAGGAAGUUCGUCAAGCUCGCUGCUAAAGUAUGCAUCGGAAAACCUGGAAAAUAGAGAAGAUGGAGACAAGAGGGCAUCACCUCAGAGUCUCAAUAUACCGGAUCCAAGCUUACAGCGGAUGGUGAAAAGUAUUGAACAAAUGGGAUUUCCGAAAGAACAAGCCGAAUGCGCAUUAGGGAUGACAAAUUCUAACGUGGAGCAAGCCAUUGUACUUCUCUUGGAGCAACCUGAAAAGGUAGAGGCGGCUUUGACGUCGGCAGCUUCAGAACGGCUAGUACAAAAGUCUACCUCAAACCGAGCAAGCAACAAGAGACUUUCUGUAAACAAACCUACCCGGCCAAGUGCUCAAGGCCACUACCGUAGCGAAUCGGGUAAUCCAUCUAGCCCACGCCAAAGCACAUUCCAAAGGUCUGUUACAACACCGGCGUCCAUUAGUGAUACAUUGAACAAAAAUGCCAGAUCCUGGAGUCCUAUCACAUUUCUUCAACAACAAAAGCAGGCCAUGGAAAAUACCAAUGUCAGCUCAGUUAGGAGGUUGGGUGGAUGGUUGGGAAAAGCCAUGGAGAAUCUUGGUCUCGAAGACAACGGCAACCCGUACGCAACUGCAUCCAGCCAUAUGCAUACAUCACAGCUCGUCGAAUCGUUUACCAUCACUCUCGGAACAGCACAGACUCGUGCAACACAUAAUUUAAGGCUCCUGGUGACAGACGAGAAUUCCGAAAUAUUUUGUCCUGACAUUCAGGAUACAGGACGCGAAUUGGCCUAUCGAGCGCAAAAUGCAAAUAAUCUGUACUCUGAUCAACUAAGCGCUAUUGUUGUUUUAGUGGACAUUAAAGAAGUUCAAAUUGAGCGAUCGACAUUGAAUGAUAAGCCCUUUAAUCGCGGGUGGACACGGUAUAGGAACGGUCAAGGCAGUAAUCAAGCAUUGUUCUCCAGAUGCCAUCAAUCGACGGAGUUUCACUUCCCAGACAUUGACUCUCAACUUCAGACGAUUGAAAAUGAUUAUGUCGACAACCAAAGAACAGUGGAUGAAGGCGAUUUCUUUAUUACUAGGCACUCCAAUUUGCCUCUGACUCAGAUCGUUUUUCACUUGGUUAUUGAUGGAGAUGCUAUUUCUCGGGUGGAGCUUACAAGUCGGCAUCCCAUUCUGUCUGGACUUCGUAACAUCCUACGUUUCACCACGCGAUAUGAAAUUGGGUCUUUGUCAUUACCUCUACUUUUAUUACCUAAUUACGUCUUGGAACAGCCAGAGCAGUAUUUCUUCUCCACCAUAUUAGGGGCUAAACCCAGCCAAGGAUCUACAUGGCUUUACAAACGAGGAGAAGUGGUCAUGAAGUGCGUGAAAGGAUUCCUUAUUGAAAGCUCUCGUCUUGGCAAAGCCGGCCCGAUUGAGCGAUGUUUCAAUUUCCUCUUGCCAAAAAAUACCCAAAUAUUUAGCACCCAUUCAGGGGCAAGCGUCGGCGACAGCUUGAGCGACACAAGAAACGGCCAACAACAACAACCUCAUGUAGACUUGGAAAUAGCUUUCCAACAAUUUAGAGGCAUGCUGGUAGAGCUAUUCCGAGCAACUUGACGAAUCCUAUAGUGUAUUUUUAUGCGCCUUGUUUAAUCCAUAACCUUUCUGUCCUUACCAAAAUAACAACUAUUAAACCGAGCCCCUCCAACAAAUGCAAUACGAUAGAUGACGUACAAACAUAGACUCUACUGUAGUGUUGCC